CUGGUCGCAGCAACAGCAUUGCGUAUCGCUCGUUCAUCGGUCACUGACUGCUACACUGCCACUGCCUUUGCCGCUGACUGCGAGACAAUAUCAUCAUCUCUUAGCAAAACAGCUGGUCAAUUAUAGAGGUAUUCGAAAUAUGACGUCGACUAAUAUGACAGACAACGAUUACCGCAUAUGCCUCAUCCAGCCAGACGAUCGUCAGCGUGUUUUGGAUUUUUGUCGUAUCCACUACUACACCGAGGAACCUCUUACUGUGGGAACGACACCAAAGCAACAAGACAAAGCCGAUGAAGAUUUCAACAUGUCCAACAUUCAGCAUGGCACCUGUCUGAUGGCAGUACACGCCCAAAGCGAAGAGAUUGUGGGGGCUGUUUUAGCGGGCCCCAAAGGUCCCGAUGAGGCCGAACAUAUCUUUGAAGAGGCCGCCCAGGAAGGUGGCUCAAAGUGGGGUGUAAUCCUCAAGUUCUUGGGUUAUGUGGAACGCGACGCAAGCGUUUGCAAACGGUAUGGUGUCGAAAGAGUUCUGCAUGCGCAUGUUCUGGGCGUAGAUGGCAAAAUGCGUGGCCACAACAUUGGAGGCCGAUUAAUGAGCGAGCUGCAAAAGUUGGGAAAAAACUUGAAUUAUGCACUCUUAACGGCCGACUGUACCAGUUACUAUUCGGCUAAAUUGUGCGAGCGACUUGGUUGGGAUUGUGUGAAUGUUGCCUACUACAGAGAUUAUGUCGAUGAAAACCAGCGGCCAAUCAUUACCCCCCCACCUCCCCAUGAGUGUUGUAAGACAUACGCUGUGCGGCUUUGACAAAUUGUCCAUCGAUGGUGUUUCUCACUUUAAGCAGAUAUGAAAUUUCCAAAAAUCUUAUCAAGAGUGCCAUAGAAAACUCAAAUGAAAUAGAGCAGAAAAUAUAUACUGAGAGAAAAUUUUGUUGCUUAGAAUUUCGUUGUGACAGCAAAGUGAGAAAUACAUGAAAACUGUUUUUAGUUAUAAGAUUCAUGACUGUUAUUUUUUACACCAACACAAGUACUCAUUACAAUUGCAAUAAAAUUUUUAUAUAUAACCGAGUUAUAGAUUGAGCCAACCGUUUAAAAUAAAAUCAAGAAAGAUCGUCCUAAGUUCGGCCGAGCCGAUUUUUAUAUACCCUCCACCAUG